GAAUUUACUUAUGUUACGCCGUCACUACAUUAACUUCACAAGGGCGGGAUGGAGAAGUUAAGGUCUUAUCAAGUGCGGUUUGCUGAGAGCUUAGAGAAAAAGAAUGCGGUUACUGACUUUUUAAGCCUGUGUGAAACACGUUCCGGAAUCAGUAAACUAUACUUGGCAUAUGGAGUAAUUGCUUUUUUGGCGUUGUACUUGGUCAUUGGGUAUGGGACAGAUAUACUUACUCUACUUGUUGGUGCUUUGUAUCCAGCAUAUCGGUCAGUUAAAGCUAUAGAAACUCAUGAAAAGGAAGACGAUACGAAAUGGCUAACCUACUGGGUCGUCUUUGCUUCUGUUCAACUUUUCGAGGCCUGUACAGCAAUGAUGGUUUACUACCUACCGUUAUAUCCUAUAAUAAAGUGUGCCUUCUUAAUUUAUUGCAUGAUUCCUAUCUCCCGAAAUGGAUCUUUGCUCAUUUAUCAACACUUGAUUCGACCGUUUGUUCUGGAACACUCGGAAGAUAUUGAUUCAGUGUUGAGUAGUACAGCUGGCAUUGCUGGGGAGUUAAUGGAAAAAGACUAACCUAUUCACCUUCGAACAGGAUAUUUUUGUGUAUGAAAGCUAAUCAUACCAUCCGGAUUCACAAACUAAAUAAAGUACGUGCAUUAGGAUUUGUGUUUUUUAUGAAGUCAAUAGGUCACCCCAGCUAAAGAGAGCCCUGAUAAGAUUCUGAAACUUGUAUUUUUACUACACUUGCCUGAAGGUCAAUCUAGUAAUAUUUCAAAGUAAUAGACGGUUAAAGUUAGUUUGCAAUGUUUAAUCUUUCCCAUUAUGAUCGGUUCUAAAUUGCUUUGAUUAGUUCACUAUAAUAAAUUUUGUUAAUUUCAUCUCGUGCUAAUAUAAUGUGGAAAUUUAGGCCCACUUACGUUUAUGUCUAGCUUAAAGUUGGUCUUGACUGACUUAUAUGGGUAUAUGAAAUAGUCUGAGGAUCAGCUCACGAUUCAGGCCUUUUUUCGAGUAAUCAUUAAAAUUCUAAUCCUUUCCAAAGCUUGCCAUCUCAAUAUUGUGUUCACCAACUUGACAUUACCCGUAUAAUUAUAACUCAGUUUUAUUUAAUUAUCAUAAAAAUCUAUGAUGUAAAUAUCUUCAAUUUAUU